CCCUUUAUGUUUGAAUAGCUUAGCAGACCGUUUCAUUUUCUCUCUCUCGGUUUGCUGCUUCGAUUCCUUUGCUCUUUCUCUGAUUUUUUUUUCAAUUCAACUUCUAUAAUCUUAGCAGUGCAUUUGCAGAUCCCUAUAUUUAAUAUCUCUACCAAUCUUCGCUUGGAUCUGCAAAUGCGCAUCGUUUCUACUUUUUCUCUCCUCAGCUUCUUCAUUUAUCGGGUUUCGAAGCUCAGUUCGUUUGGUGAGCUGGGACUUUAUAGUUAGGAGGUUGAUUUAUAAUGAUUUGGAGAGUUGAUUGCGGAGAGAAGCGUUGUAAAGUUGGAAUUGCCGUAUGGAACUAUGGAAAGUGACAGAACAGUAUCGACCCCUUCGGUUGGGCUCAGCAUCAGCGAUGAUGCUCAGAGAAUGCGAGCUCUUCAUGGGAGGACUACUGGUCCUACAAGACGUUCUACAAAAGGACAAUGGACAGCUGAAGAGGAUGAGAUUCUGCGCAAAGCUGUUCAACAUUUCAAAGGAAAAAAUUGGAAAAAAAUAGCCGAGUGUUUCAAGGAUCGGACUGAUGUACAGUGCUUACAUAGGUGGCAAAAGGUCUUGAAUCCUGAGCUUGUUAAAGGGCCAUGGUCAAAAGAGGAGGAUGAACUAAUAAUAGAGUUGGUGAACAAAUUUGGGCCAAAAAAGUGGUCAACCAUUGCUCAGCACCUACCUGGACGAAUCGGAAAGCAAUGCAGAGAAAGGUGGCACAAUCAUCUCAAUCCUUCCAUAAACAAACAGGCCUGGACUCAGGAAGAAGAGUUGGCUCUAAUUCGAGCUCAUCAGAUUUUUGGGAAUAGAUGGGCAGAGCUCUCAAAGUUCUUGCCAGGAAGGACAGACAAUGCAAUAAAAAAUCACUGGAACAGUUCGAUCAAAAAGAAAUUAGACUCUUAUAUAGCAUCAGGCCUUCUAGAACAAUUUCAAUUCUCACUUCUUGCAAAUCAAAGCCAGCCUACGCCUUCAUCUUAUUCGACCAUACCAAGCAAUGUAGAUGAUAGUGCUUCCAAAUGUAGGACAGAAGCAGAGGAUAUAUCAGAAUGCAGCCAAGAAUCAGCAAUGGUUAGCUGCUCUCAGUCUACAAGUGAUUUGGCUAAUGCUGCUGUACAUACAAGAGAGCAAUUCUACGUGACUGAAAAGCUCGGUGUGGCAAAGGAGAAGAAUUCCAGUCCAGCACCUUGUUCAGAAGAGUAUUACCCAUCUUUGGAAGAUGUCAACUUCUCCAUGCCAGAAAUAUCUAGUGAAGGGAACUCUACAGUUGGGAAUUACCAGUUUGGUUUACUAGAUCUACCCAAUAUUUCUUCUCUGGAUUUGGGGAAAGAAUCAACAGGGUUGCCAAAUAACUGUUUAGAGACUAGCGAAGGCUGUGAAAUGAUGAACAUUGCAUUUCAGUCAUCUGUAGGAUUAAAUGCUCCUGUAUCUUUCAUUAAUAUGGUUACGACUUCAGACAAACCAGAGCAAACAUUGAUACCUGAUGAUGAAUGUUGCAGUGUUCUAUUCUCUGAAAAUUUUACACAAGGAUCUAAUAUGGUUGAAUUGGGUGGCUUCACAAAUGCAUCACUUUCUCAGGCUUCAGGCAUGCAAAUAACUGAAACUGGAAGAAUUCCAGCCUCACAAUCUAAUUGUCUUUCAAGGUCUGAAGUAUUGCCAACCUCACAAGCUGUUGUAUCUCCUUCACGUCUUGCAGUUGAAGAUGGUACACUUACGUUUGGAGGAGAGUCUCAUCCAUUAAAUGGUCAACCUUUUGGAACUCAAGAUCAAGAAUUUACUAUGAAUACACAUGAUGGCUUUAUCUAUACUAUUGAUGACCAUACAGAUAAUACAGAUCUGCAGGAGCAAUCAUAUCUUGACAAGGAUUCUCGGAAGUUGGUUCCAGUGAAUACUUUCGGUUUAGAAUCAAAUGUAGCACAAACUUGCCCUGCUGAGGAUGAUAAGCCAACCUUGCCUGCAGAACAAGAUUUUUGCGGUCUAUGUUAUGAGCCUCCUCGAUUUCUGAGCUUGGAUAUUCCAUUUUUUAACUGUGACCUUAUCCCCUCUGGCAGUGACAUGCAGCAAGAAUAUAGCCCCCUCGGUAUUCGCCAGCUGAUGAUGUCAACGAACUGCAUCAGUCCAUUUAGGUUAUGGGAUUCACCAUCGCGGGAUAAUAGCCCUGAUGUUGUGCUGAAAAGUGCUGCGAAAACUUUUACUGGUACACCAUCCAUAUUGAAGAAACGCCACCGAGACCUUUUGUCACCUUUAUCAGAGAGGCGAAGUGAGAAAAAGUUGGGAACUGAUAUGGCAUCCAAUUUGACCAAAUGUUUCUCUUGCUUGGAUGUUAUGUUCGAUGAGAGUGGGACUGGCAACACAACUCAACUGUCUCCAUCUGAACAUAUAACCAACUCCAGUGUCUCCAUUAAAGAAAAAGAAAACAUAUCUCAAGCACUUGAUGAAGAAUGCGACAAUGGGGGAGUUCACACUCAACCUUUAGAAGAUGAAGCUCCGAAGGGUUCUGAUGGUACUAAUUCCCUAGGAAACAUAGAAAAGGGAGCCUGCGAAAUUGACACCAAGGACAAAACUGAUAUUGAUGCUUCUUACAGAACUGUUCAACGGCCUCCAGCAGUGCUUGUUGAGCAUGAUAUAAAUGAUAUAUUGUUGUUUUCUCCUGAUGAUGUUGGUCUUAAGGCAGGCCUACCAUUACGGUUUUCAAGCACGCGAACUCCAAAAAAUCAGUAUCAUAAAAGCCUUGGAGCUAUAUCAAAUCAGGGUCUUGCUUCUGAAUGCUUAUCCGGAAAUGCAUGCAUAAUUGUUAGCUCUCCUACUCUGAAAAUAAAGAAGAGUGAAGGCCCCUCCAUUGCUGAUACUACAGUACAAUGUUCCAAUUCAUCAGCAACCCUAGAGAAUUCGGUUGAUAAUACUGGCAGCAAUGCUGCUAUUGAAAAUUACAAUAUAUUUGGUGGAACUCCAUUCAAAAGAAGUAUCGAAUCGCCAUCAGCUUGGAAAUCUCCUUGGUUUAUUAACUCCUUUGUACCUGGUCCAAGAAUUGACACAGAUAUAACAAUUGAGGACAUAGGAUAUCUAAUGAGCCCCGCGGAGAGAAGCUACGAUGCCAUCGGGUUGAUGAAACAAUUAAGUGAGCAUAGCGCAGCUGCUUAUGCUGAUGCCUUGGAGGUUUUGGGAAAUGAAACUCCACAAUCAAUUAUAAAAGGAAGAGGCUCCAACAAUCCUAAUAAUAUUGACAAAGAGAAUAAUCAGUUGGAGAAUCAUUCACAUUUGGCUUCAAAUAUCAUGGUAGAGCGCCGGGUCCUUGAUUUCAGUGAAUGUGGAACACCAGGAAAGGGAACAGAAAAUGGGAAGUCCUCAACAGCCAUGAGUUACUCAAGCCCCUCUUCUUAUCUUCUUAAAGGUUUGAGAUAGUGUUUUCUUUUAGUUAAAAAAGCCUUCAAUGUUUCUAGUUCGUAUACAUUUAUAUAUAUUUAUAUUUAUAUUGAUAUAUAUAGGUCAUUUUUUUUCUCUUUA